AUGUCAGUACCGUCGAGCCCCGGCGGCGGCGGACAGCCGCUGCAACCAAUGUCGCACAACGCGCAACGCGAAUCUGCGCUCUUCGCGUCCGUCCAACACCAACGCAUGGCAGAAAGCCCGUCUGCCCGCGACAGUUCGGUGCACGAGAAGAUCAACCAAUUCAACACCCUCGCCAUGCAUUCCAAAACCCUCGAGCGCAAAACCGCCGAUGCCGCCCUCAAGCGCGCUAUGCUCGGGCGGGAGGAGGCCGAGGCCGAGGCGCGGCGAUAUCGUGAUGAGGUACUUGCAUUGAGGAAAGAAGUCGAGGAGGGGAAGAAGAACGAGAGGAAAGUGGGAGAGCGCUUGGAGGCUGUGAUGGUAGGUGCCCCGCGCGGCCUAUCCCCCCACGUAGAGCUAAUAAGAAAAAAGGAAAACUCCGGCCGUGCCAAAGAGAUGUACGCCCACUCUCAACAACGAUGGGAAAAGGAGAUCCGCCGCUCCCGAAAAGAAACCUUCAAAGUACAGAGCACCCUCGUCAAAGUGCAGGAAGAACUCAAGUCCUCUCGGGCGGCUCAGAAAGCCACGGAGGAGGAGCUUCAGACUGAGCGGGAGCGAAGCAAAGCCCGGGAGCAAGAGUCUUUCGAUGCUCAGUACCGGCUGGUUGGACUUCAGGAGCAACUGGAUCAAGCCCUGGCCCGCGCCAAGAUACUAGAGCAGGAGCUGGAGGCCCUCAGGACGUUGGCAAAGAGCGAGACCGAGGUUAAACGUGCCGCUUCUACUGAAGACGGCGGCGACUCCGAAGGGCCACGGAAACGUGCGAGACUGUCGUCUGUGUCGGCGUUCGGCCAUGGUGACCCUGAAAUCGAGACGAUCACGAUGCUCUGGGAAUGGGAGAAGCAGCGUGCGGACCGAGCCCUGGAACAGGUCGAUUUCCUCGAGGCGGAAUGCCAGCUCAAGAUGUGUUCGGCGGGAAAAGAGCUGCGCAGGACUUCGGUCCAACGGUCGGGCCCACGCAAGCGAACCAGCAUGUUGAUCUCGGAUGCAGGGGACUCGAUGAUCCUUAGUGAGAGCCGUCGAGCCUCCGCUGAGAUGCCCAAGGCAUCGCCGAGGCUGUCCAAGACCGACCAGCUCAGGGUGCGCAAAGAGCCGCGGCGAAGCACCAUCUUCCUCCCGGCCGAGGGUAUCUUCCGGACCGUCUCGCAAGCCGAGGCUGACGAAAUAGCGGCGAAGUCGACGACCUCAUCGGGUGUAUCCCCUACUGAGGCGGCAUCCAGCCUCCCCAUUACACCGGUAGACAACAACCCGAUGUACCGUCGCUCGCCGUCCCUCGACCCGCCAGACUUUGCCAUGAUUGGCAAACAGCGGACAUCGCUGCUCUCACUACUCGACGCCCCACACAGACAAGAACCCGUACAAGUGUUCAACAUCCCCACCACCCCCGGCCCCGCAGCGCCAGAGGCAGACCAUGCCGACGCAGAAGAAGAACCCGAUGCGCGACUCACCACCAAGGCACCGGGCGAGAUAACCCUCCCUCCACGACAACCGGCCGCCUCCCUAACCGGUCCCCUCAGCGAACCCCUCCCACCCCACUCCACCACUGCAACCACCACCACCACCCUCGACGCCCACACCCGCCCGCACACAACAGCAUCCUACUACCGCCCAUCCACGUCUACCACCUCCACCGUAACCACCACCACCAAAGUCCCCCUCCGCGAAGAACCCGACGAGGACAGCGGGCCAACACUCGCCCAGCGCCUCAUGAAGAUGCAGCGCACCCCGUCCCGCCAGACCGGCGACAGCCACCGCGGCAGCGACUCCAGCAGCAUCCACAACCCGGAUGGGCCCAGCUUCGACACCAGCAACCCGGCCCUGACCCCGACCAUGACGCGCGAGGAGGCACUGGCGCAGAUUAGAGAGCGGCGCGGCCGCGCGCGCAGCGUCGGGAGGGUCGGGAGCGCGGGGAGCUCGGCUGCUGGUGGCGGGGCGAGUGUGGGGGUUGGUUCCGGUUCCGGUUCUGGUUCCGGUCUUGUUAGGACUGGGAGUGGGGCUGGGGCUGGGGAGGCGCGCCGCAAGGUUUCGGGGAGCAGCGCGACAGGGGAGGUGAGGCGGAAGGUUUCAGGGAGUGGUGCCAGUGGGCCUGGAGGAGAGGUCAGGCGGAAGGCGAGCGGCGAUCUUGGGGGGACGGUGAGGCGGGCUGCCGGCGGUGAUGAGAGGGGCCGUGAGAGGGGGGAUGUCAGGGGAGGGGCUAGGCCGCCGAGUGCGGCGGGGACGGCCAGGGGGGCGUCGGGUGGGGUGAGGCGGAUUCGGUCAUGA